AUGAGCGGCGCCUGCACGAGCUACGUGAGCGCCGAGCAGGAGGUGGUGCGGGGCUUCAGCUGCCCGCCGCCCGGGGGCGAAGCGGCCGCCGUCUUCUGCUGCGGCUUCCGGGACCACAAGUACUGCUGCGACGACCCGCACAGCUUCUUUCCCUACGAGCACAGCUACAUGUGGUGGCUCAGUAUUGGCGCUCUUGUGGGCCUCUCCAUAGCAGCAAUGGUUCUCCUGGCCUUCGUUGUGACUGCCUGUGUGUUCUGUUAUCUGUUCAUCAGCUCAAAGCCCCACACAAAGUUGGACCCAGGCUUAAGUUUACAGACGACAGGUCCCAAGGAAGUUCCCCCAGAUCAUCAAGGAACAAAUACAGCCAACACAAUGGAGGUGCCAAGGACAAACCCUCUGGGACACAGUUACCCCUCCUCAAACCUGUGUCUGGAAAGCAAGGAGAGGCAGACCCUGGGUUCUAAGCACUUCCUCCACAACUGCUUCAUGACUACCGUUCCAGUCAGCCCUGAAGAGGUAACUGUCCCCACUGGUGACACCUGUGGAUCAGUCCUGUAA